AUGAAUCCACGGCACAGUCGAGGGGGCUCCAACACUCACUACAGGGACCAGAAUGGCUAUAAAAAGUCGCCACAUUAUCGGGAUUCACUAUCUCCCAGUCGUCGUAUCAGCCGCAAUGAGCCAAUUUCGCACGAUCAUGGUGGACAGGACAGUCGGCAUGGGCCGCCUACUGGACCAAACUCCGCAAGAUCACCGCCUUUCGACCCCCCGUCCGGCCCCAGUAACCGAGGGCCACGCGCUGGUUUUCGAGGUGGCUCAUUCGCCGGUCGUGGAGCUCAUCGAAACCCUCCAUCACGGGGAAGCCAGUGGGAUCUCAACAGUUCUCGCGGCGGCGAGCAGCGGCAAGGGAGCAAUGGUGAGAAUGAUGAAACGACUGCCAUGGAUAUUGACAGCAACGAUCUCGACAACAAAGCAUUCGACAGAGUGCGGGACGAACGAGGACACGACAGAAGUGAGCGAUCCCGGCAAGAUGCUCCUAAAGGGCCAUCGGCGCAGACAAGCUCCCCCUCCAAGUUUAGCUUUGCUUUCAAGCCAUCCAAGGCCCCUCCAUCAGGUCCCAAGCCCGAGAUAUCACAAAAGUUUAACGCCCCCGCUCCAAAGAAGGAAAUUCAGCCAAAAGAUGGCAAGAAUGAGCCCCCGCCAGGCGCACCCACACAGCCACUGUUCGAUCGAAAGCCUCCCGAGGGUCCCAAAAUGGCACCAAGAAUGCGCAAAGUUAUGAAGAAGAUGCAACGGCCGAAGCCAAGACCCACUCUACCGCCACACUUGGUUGCAUCAGAGUCUGUCUUUUUUCGCAAGCCAGGAAAUGAGUCAGUUGUUGGUUCUGGUACGUACGGCAAGGUUUUCAAGGGUUUGAAUGUAUACACAAAGGGGCAAGUGGCUUUGAAGCGAAUUCGAAUGGAAGGAGAGCGGGACGGAUUUCCCGUGACUGCGGUCAGAGAGAUCAAACUGCUUCAGUCACUACGCCAUCAGAACAUUGUCAAUCUUCAAGAAGUCAUGGUCGAGAAGAACGACUGCUUCAUGGUUUUUGAGUACCUGUCUCAUGAUUUGACUGGUCUGCUCAACCACCCUCACUUCAAGCUGGAGCCGCCGCAGAAAAAGCAUCUAGCCAAGCAACUGUUUGAAGGACUCGACUACCUCCACGUGAGAGGUGUGCUGCACAGAGACAUCAAGGCAGCAAACAUCCUCGUGAGCAGUGACGGCAUCCUCAAAAUUGCUGACUUUGGUCUCGCCCGUUUUUACGCCAAGCGACACCAGCUCGACUACACGAACCGCGUCAUCACAAUAUGGUACCGAUCUCCCGAGCUGUUGUUGGGCGAGACGCAGUACACUGCUGCCGUUGACAUUUGGAGCGCCGCCUGCGUCAUGAUGGAGAUUUUCGUGCAGAAGCCCAUCUUUGCUGGUGACGGUACGGAGUUGAGCCAGUUAGACAAGAUCUACAACGUGCUAGGCACACCGAAUCGAUAUGACUGGCCCGGUCUCGUGGACAUGGCCUGGUUCGAGCUGCUGCGACCGACGGCGAAGCGGAGAAGCAUGUUUGCUGAGAUGUUUAGUGCAGAGCUCACGCCGGCGGCAUACGAGCUCACACAGUCGAUGUUUUUGUACGAUCCAGCAAAGCGACCGACGGCAGGUGAAGUGCUGGCUCAUCCGUAUUUUACAACGGAAGAGCCACUGCCUAAGCAGGCCACAGAACUUGCGAAUAUCGGUGGUGACUGGCACGAGUUUGAAUCGAAAGCGCUGCGCAAGGAAAACGAGCGUCGCGAGCGUGAAGCUCGGCGCGUGGCCAAGAACCCCGUACCGACUGCGGCGCCCACCAACCACGGUCAGGAAAGAAAACGCGGCACAGAUGGCGACGAAGGCGCUCGGGACGCUAAGCGUGUCCACGUCGAGGAGUCGGCCCCUGCGGCGUGA